GUGCACAGGGAGGAGGAGCAGCACAUCCCACCCAGCAGGGCAGCAGUGCUUGUGAGCAUUUCUGGAAUCCAAGCUCUUCCCACAGAAGGAGGGACAGAGCAGGCAGCAGACACCAUGGAGACCCCUUCAGCCCCUGCCCACAGAGGACUUGCCCACAGGCAGGGGCUCCUGCUGGCUGCCUCACUCCUAACCCUCUGGAGCCUGCCCACCAUUGCCCAGCUCACUAUUGAGUCAGUGCCACCCAAUGCUGCCGAAGGGAAGGAUGUGCUUCUCCGUGUCCACAAUCUGCCUGGGGAUGCUGCACGCUAUACCUGGUACAAAGGGGAAAUAGCCGACAGCAGCCGUCAAAUUGUUUCAUAUAAAAUAGACACUCAAACAACUACCUUCGGGCCUGCAAACAGUGGUAGAGAGACAAUAUACCCCAAUGGAUCCCUGCUGUUCCAGAACGUCACCCUGAAGGACACAGGAUACUACACCCUUCUAGCCACAGACAACGAUUUAAAUAGCAUGCAAGUAACCGGACAGCUCCGUGUAUACCGUGAGUGA